AUGAUUGCGACCGCAAACAUGAGUGGUGCCCCAGUCGCUGAGGACAACAUCAUCAACCGGCGCGGCGGAGAGUCGAUCUACCAAAGUUGCGUCAACUUGAAGAGGCGACUUUCUGAGGUCCCCACAUUCGAGCCCUUCCUGCAAGAGAUGGACGAAGAAGAUCACGCCAAUGGAAAUACAGACCCGGUAUCUUCUUUGUGGAACUGCCUUCGAAAUGGAUACCCGCUUUUGAGCAUCUACAAUGCGUCCGGUCCGGACGAGGAAUUGAUACUCGACCCGGCCAAGGUGCCUGAAGCAAAACGACCGAAAGCUGCGACCUUUAAGUUUUUGCAGGCCUGCCUGCAAGAUCUAGCCUUCCCUCAACAAGACUGUUUCUUAAUCACUGACUUGUACGGCGAAAGCACAACUGGUUUCAUCAAAGUGAUCAAGAUGGUGAAUCGCGUGGUGGAUAUUCUCGAAAUGCAAGGCCAGCUCAAACGGUCUUCGCAAGCAUCUCAGGAUGCACCUAUACAAGGAACCGUGAAGCUCACCAAGCGACAACAUAUUCUCAAGGAGCUACUAGAAACGGAGCGCGACUAUGUUCACCAUUUACAAAAUCUCCAGGCGCUCAAAAAGGAACUGGAAGAGACUGGUGCUCUGACUGGCGAUGCGAGCCACCAGAUAUUUUUGAAUCUCAAUAACCUAUUGGAUUUUGCUCAACGCUUUUUGAUUCGCAUGGAGCAACACUAUGCUUUGCCAGAGGAGGAACAAAAUUGGGGAAUUCUAUUCUCCUCUCAUGAAGAUGCCUUUAAGCAGUACGAGCCAUUCAUCGCAAAUCAGAUGCGUUGCGACGAAGUUUGCAUGCGAGAGUGGGAUAAGAUCAAGGUGGCACCGCGCCAUUUGGACCUUCAGCAGAUGGUUGCGCAGCCGAAAACUCUCAACGGCUUCUUUGUCAAGCCUUUCCAGCGAUUGACAAGGUAUCCACUCAUGCUGUCGGAACUACGAAAACAAUCAGAAGAUCCGGAAAUUACAGCCGACAUUACCCAUGCGAUCGAUACCAUUCAGUCUUUGCUCGAUGGAGCCAACGAAGCGAUCCACAGAGAACACCUGCAGGCGGCAGUUAUAGAUCUGUCAGAGCGAGUGGAGGAUUGGAAAACCCUCAAAAUGGAUACAUUUGGUGACUUGCUUCGCUUUGGCACUUUCGCAGUGGUUAAAGGAGACAGUGGCAAGGACAACGAAAGAGAGUAUCACAUUUUCUUGUUCGAGCGCAUCCUUUUGUGUUGCAAGGAUAUAAAUCCUAACAAACAAAAAACCAAGCUUAUGAUGUCUAAAGAUAAGAAUCCAGUCACAGGGAAAGGAAAAGCUCGCCUCCAAUUAAAGGGCCGAAUCUAUAUGGCCAACGUCACAGAUAUUGUCUGCCUUCAGAAACCAGGAAUGUAUCGGAUCCAAAUUUUCUGGAAGGGCGAUCCAGGAGUCGUGGACAAUUUCAUAAUUCGCUACCAAAAUGAACCCACUAUGCGCUCUUGGUACAAAGAUAUCGACCAGCAACGAAAUAUUCAAUCAGAAAAACGCACCCUCCGGCAUACUGUUACAUCUGACAGUGAAUUCAUGUACUUGGAGGGCAUGGCCCACAUGCCCAACCUAUAUCAGCAAGAGUACGAUACGGAUGGAACGCCCAAUGACUACUCGGAAUUCACCAUGAGCCGCAAUCCAUCCAGCACCAGCUUGAGGACUCGAUCAGCCACCGGAGGCAGUACUGGUUCUGUUCCCCAUGCCAACGGCCGGCCGCGCUACCCGAACGAUCCGUCUCUCUCUCUGCAUACUCAACUCUCAGCCGCCGACGCCAUGUCACCUGGCGAUCGGAACAUGAAUUCCUACUUCUCGCCAGCCACGGAAUUAGCCCCCUCCACCCGCUCCAGCUCUCAAUCUACCAACUUUUCAUUCGGCCGCCAAAACACCAACUCGACAACCCCAACAAACCCUUGGGAUGAGAACAAUCGUUACACUGCCCCGGCAGCGUCUUCGUCUCGCGAACGCGUCGCAUCGCGGGAUGGCACUACAGGAUACUUUCCCAUCCAAUCUAACGGAAGGAAUUCUGCACAGCGUCCCUCUCUUUCUUCAUUGCCGGGUCAAGGACCCAACGGUACCCAGCGGAUGCGCUCAGCCAGUAGUCCUGAUAUCCAUAAUCACAUCAAUGCUUCCCCCGAGUCUCGUCGAUACAUGGGAGUGCACACGAUGCAGACUGUUGAUAAUGUUCCGGUUCCACCAAUCCCCGCACAUAUGGCCAAUAUGAAGGCACCGGUCAGUCGAAGCCAGAAUAACUCUCCCACAAGUAACCAACUUCCCCUCCGAAUGCAACCGCAUCAUGUCCCCACCCAGUUCGCUGAGCCAGAGUAUAAUGGUUCUCGUAAUUCGGGGCAGCUAUCCGAGCACGCCACUUCUCCAUUGACUGGCGAGCCUGAUGAUGAUCCGUACAUGCCAACUCAGCUGAAGGCCAAGGUCAACUUUGACGACAACUAUGUGACGCUGGUGAUUGCGACCAACAUUCUGUUCCGCUCGUUGAUAGAUCGUGUUGAUGCGAAGCUGGCCCGGUUUACAACUCGUUCUAUUGGCAAUAAGACUGUCCGCCUGCGUUACUGCGACGAAGACGGAGACUUUAUCACCAUUGAUAGCGACGAGGCGGUUCAGCUUGCUUUCUUGGAGUGGCGUGAGCAGAACCGCGACUCGCUUGCCAAGGGCUUAGUGGGCGAAAUUGUGCUAUACUGUCAAGUUGUGGACUAG